AUGGAUAGUAUAGAUGAGUCAAGAUUGCCACUAGAAAUCAAAACCAAAUUAGCCGAACUUGAAAUUGAACUUUCUGAAGGUGAUAUCACAGAAAAAGGGUAUCAAAAAAAGAAACAGAAGUUAUUAGCCCCGUUUAUUACGGUUGGUGGUAAUUCCACUAAUCCACCGUGUAACUCACAUAUUCCUCGUGGUGGUAUCUUACUUCCUGGACUGAAUGAAAACUAUGGGAGCAAUUUAGCCCUACGAGAUGGUGAAGCACCAGAGUCUUUCAGAAAUGAACCUCAAAACGAUUCUCCAAUUAAUGCUCAAAACCGUAGAUAUAUACGUGAAAAUCAUCGCUAUCGGUCGGACAUCCGAGAUGAGGCUGUAAAGGAGGCUCUUGUACAAGCUCGACAGGAACCUCAUGAUGCCUUGGCACCUAGUAAACGUCAUGAUCUCAACCGUUUGUCAUAUUUAAAUCAAGCUCAAGAGCGUGUUGUACCAGGUUCUGAUGAUUCCGACGAAGACGUGUCCUCGACAUCUUCUGCCCAGGUUACACGCCCGCCUAAUACUGAUCAGUCAUCAUCUGCCUUGUCUGAAGUGCCAAGUUCAAGUAUAUCAGCCAAUGGUGUUGCAUCUGAAAGGAAUCAAUUAAGAACGCCUGCUUCAUCUGUUAAUCCUGUAGGAAAUCAUCAACCGCCUACAUUUGAUCAUUUCGAUUUAAUGAAAAAGCGUAAACAACAAUCAUCAUCUGUUGAUCGGUAUGAUGAAGUGCCUUCUCUGAGUGAAAUUACAUCAGCACAACCACCUAUUCGACGAUUGUCGAAUAAUAGACCGACGCAUUCAGAAACUAGUAGUCCUUGGAUUCAUGGAAAUCAAUCUGUUGCAGAACAUCAAAAUGGUAAUUUAGACGCUACAGCAAUGAUGAAAGCAGCUGAUUCAUUUGAACAAUUGGCAGCAUUAGCAGAAGCACAGUUAAGCUGUAAUAAUUUAGGUGUCUCUGGAGAUCCUAAUCCAUCUAUUAAUACACUAUUUCAUCAGUCUCAAGUCACUUCUACAGCUUAUCAACCCCAAACCUCAAUCAAUUCACAACCAUUGUCCACGACACGAAAUGGGCAAAAAUCCCAUAUAUUUGGUGGUGUCAGCGUCCUUCCUAGUUACAGCAACAGUGGAGGCGGUGGCAAUAGUGGUGUAACUAAUGGUGAUUCAGUGUCCGCCAGUCACAACUUCAUUCCAUCCUCAUCAGCAUAUGACCUUCAGCAGGCUCAACAAGAACAAUAUUCACAAUCAAAUCAUCCAGUUUCCUUGGCCUCAUCAUCUUUUGAUCUUGACAACAGUAGCGGCAGAAAAUUCUCAUCACCAGCUACAACAGGCCUAAGUGGGCAGGAUACUUCUACGGAUAGUGGUCAAACCACUGGUCUUGUAUGUCAUAAUCGUGUAUCCGAAAAGAUUCAAAAGUUAGUCAACACUUUAAAACGUCCUAAAAGGUAUCCACUGCCAGAAUACUUUUUGGAUGAUGAAGAUCAGGUGCUUGUAAGACCUGUGGUCGACCCGACAGCUCCGCGUCCAAGAGGUCUUCCAUCUGAACCGCUAGUUGGUGAAGAAUUAGUGAUACCUUCUGGCUUACCACGGAAUUUAGAGUCAGCACUACAGCGUUAUGCUAGUUUAAGUUGUAAAACACCAGCGUUAACCUGUUUAGAUGUAUCUGGCCGGCCUACUCAAGUGUUGACUUAUGCAAAAUUACUUCAGCGGGCUAUCCGAAUUGCCUACACCUUAUUAAAUAAAUUAGGUCAUCGUGGGGAACAAAGCUUGAAGCCUGGUGAUCGUGUUGCCUUGGUAUAUGCUAAUAAUGAACCAAUCAGUUUUCUGUGCGCAUUCUAUGGAUGUAUUUUAGCUAGUGUUAUUCCCAUAGCAAUAGAAGUUCCAUCAGCUCGUCGAGAUGCAUCAUGUCAAAGUAUGGGGUUUUUACUGGGUAGUCAAGAUGCUAGAGUUGUAUUAGCUAGUGAACAGUGUUAUAAAGCGCUACAACGUAGUCCUAAUGGUGAUAUCUUACCAUUUCCUGGUUGGCCACGUGUUACAUGGAUUAAUACAGAUCAUCAUGCUAGUGGUAUAAAACCACCAAAAGAUUGGACUCCACCAGAUCGAUUAGCAAAUGAUGCAACUAUGUAUUUAGAGUAUACAUUUAGUAAAGAUGGAAGUGUACAUGGUGUUAUGAUAAGUCGACGUGCAGCUCUUUCACAUUGUCGUGCACUAACUGUCGCCUGUAAUUACUCUGAAGAGGAUGUUGUUGUUUGCGUUGUAGACUGUCGUCGACAAACAGGUCUAUGGCAUGCUGUUUUAACGAGCGUCUUCAAUGGACUACAUGUGAUUUUUGUGCCUUAUUCAGUUAUGCAAAUAGAUCCUGGAUCUUGGUUACGUAUGGUUACAAAGUAUCGAGCAACUGUUGCAAUUGUAAAAAGUCGUGAUAUGCAUUGGGCUUUGUUAGCUGAACGUGAUCAUCCAAAUGUGAAUUUAUCUUCAUUACGUAUGCUUUUAGUUGCUGACGGUUCAAAUCCAUGGUCUUUGAAUUCAUGUGACUCUUUUGUACAAAAGUUUCGACCACGUGGAUUUUGUCCUGAAGCUAUCUGUCCAUCUGCUGGAAGUUCAGAAACUCUUACACUUUGUCUACGUCGACCACCACAUCAAAGUAAUUCAGCAAUGAAUUCAGUGAAUGGGAAGAUUGGUACCAACUUACGAUCUGAUUCACUGACGUCUACUGCGCCUAGUUCUGUGAGAGGUGUUAUCUCAAUCCAUAGUCUUACCUAUGGUGUUGUACGUGUUGAUACUGAGGAUUCGUUAACAUCACUCACCUUGCAAGAUUGUGGACAAGUCCUACCUGGAGCUUCAGCAGUUGUUAUACGCCUGGGUCCUAAACCAAUAUUAUGUCAGACAGAUGAAGUUGGUGAAAUAUGUUUAUCUGCAGAUUAUACCGGUUCUGGAUAUUGGGGUCUUCGUGGACAGACUGAUGCACAUUUUCAUGUAGAACCUAUACAUGAAGAUGGUACUCCUGUGUGUUCAUCUACCGGUGGGAAAAAGUAUACCCGGUCUGGUUUUCUUGGAUUCCCCGGUCCAGCAUCAUCGGGUGGUUUAAUAUUUAUCUCCGGUUGUAUUGAUGGUUUAAUGACAAUUGCUAGCAGACGUCAUAAUGCUGAUGAUAUAAUUGCCACGGUCUUGGCUGUUCAACCGACAAAAAUUAUAUACAGAGGACGGAUUGCUGUUUUCUCAGUGGAUCUACUCAAAGAUGAACGUUUAGUCAUAGUAGCUGAAUUAAGACAAGGUUAUUCAGAUGAAGCUGCUUUCACAUGGAUGUCGCUUGUCCUACAAGCUGUUGACAGUAUCCAUCAAGUCAGUGUUUAUUGUUUAGCUUUAGUACAUCAGAAUACAUUGCCAAAAACACCUUUUGGUGGAAUCAAUUGUCAUGCUGUGAAGAAACUUUUCUCUGAAGGUCAUCUUCAUCCUACAGCCUUAUUACUUUGUCCACAUUCAGCUAUACAAAAUUUACCUCAACCACGUCAACUUAGACCAAGUUUAGUUGGCCCAUCGGCUAUGAUGGUUGGUCAGGUAGUUCAAGGUGUUAGACUUGCUGAAGCUCGUGGAAGACCUAUAGGCCCACCGACAUCUUCGAAUAUAACAUCUGCAUCAUCGGAUAAUGGUUUCGAAUUAUUAACUGAAAUACUUAUUCAUAGAGCAAAUCAAACUCCAGACGAUAGAUUAUUUACUGUGUACAAUGUCAAAGGACAAGAAGCUUCAACGCUUACCUGUGUGCAACUAUUACGUCGUUCAGAACGAUUAGCUGCACAACUAAAAGAGAAGGGUAAAGCGCAAGUUGGAACAAUUGUAGCAUUACUUUAUCCUCCUGGUACCGAACUGAUUUGUGCAUUUUAUGCAUGUCUUCUAAUCGGUGCAAUUCCUGUGCCUGUUCGUCCACCUCGAAUCGAUUCAUGUCCUCCUAAUUCCAGUGGUGGUACAAGUGGUUCUGGUCCAAUUGGUUUAUUAUCUGGUCCACCUGGAUCAGGAUCAACACCUGGACUAAGUUUACUAGGCUUAGGAGGUGGAAGUCCUGGAGGCGGUGGCGGCGGCUUCAACGGGCAUUCAGCUGUUGGCGGCAGUGCUGGUCAGCUGUCCACUGGUACUACAGGCAGCUUUCCUAAUGUGUAUUUUCGUCCAAAUGCGCCUAGUUUAGAUACUUCAUUGGAUUUAGUGUGGAAUGUUGUCAAGCAUUCUGGAGCUUCAGUUAUUUUUACGCAGACAAGUCUGUUCAAAUUAUUGAAAUCUAAGGAAGCUGUCAAUCGCAUACCGUUCAGUCAUUGGCCAACAAUACUUGAUUCUGAAGAAUAUAGUCGUCGGAAAUCCACCGUGUCACAGCUGCAACCAUGUUUAGAACAACCAGUUGCCUAUUUAGAUUUCGCUGCAUCGACCACAGGUACGUUAACUGGUAUCCGUGUAACACAUCAAGUUGUCUAUGCAUUGUGUAAAGCUCAAAAAAUGCAAUGUGAAUUUUAUCCAACUCGUGAAGUUGUACUCAGUCUGGAUCCGUAUUCUGGUCUUGGAUUCACUCUAUGGGCGUUAACAUCUGUCUACUGUGGACAUCAUUCAGUGUUAAUACCACCGAGUGUAACAGAAGUUGUACCUGAUUUAUGGCUUAAUAUUUGUAGUCAAAGAAAAGUUCGUGAUGCAUUCUGUUCUCAUUAUACUAUGGAGUUAGCUACACGUUAUCUUGCUAAACAAAUGACUGUUUUAAAGCAACGUGAAAUCAGUUUAUCAAGUAUACGCAGUUUAGUUGUUGUCGCUGAAGAACGACCACGAGUUCAUUUGACGGCUACAUUUACAAAAUUAUUUGCUAGUUUAGGUUUAAUGGGACGUGCUGUAAGCACAUCAUUUGGUUGUCGUGUCAAUUUAGCUAUUUCAUUACAGGGGGCUAGUUCACCAGAAAGUACAACUGUCUAUGUGGAUCGUGUUAGUUUACGUAAUGAUCGUGUGAAAUUACUUGAAAAAGGAUCACCACAUAGUCUAUGCCUUAUGGAAUCUGGAAAAUUAUUACCUGGUGUACACGUAGCCAUAGCUAAUCCAGAUACACUUGGUCAAUGUGCUGAUUCACAAUUAGGUGAAAUUUGGGUCUCAUCACCGCAUAAUUCAACUGAUUUAUUAGGACCAUUUGAUAGUGCUAGUUUAAAUCGUUCAAAUGGAAGUGUUUCACAACCAGUAGCUGGUACAAAUGCUACAGAUUCAUUGCAUGCUCGUUUGGUUACUGGUGACACAGAAAGAAUUUAUGCACGUACAGGAUUUCUAGGCUUUGUUCGUCGAACUGAAUUGACACAGUCAGAUGGAGAACUGCAUGAUGCAAUAUUUGUAGUCGGUAGUCUAGAAGAAACUAUACUAUUGCGUGGAAUGCGUUUUCAUCCAAUCGAUAUUGAAAAUACUGUAAUGCGUUCACAUAAGAAAAUAUGUGAAUGUGCUGUAUUCAGUUGGUCUAAUCUACUAGUUGUUGUCGCUGAGUUAGCCGGUGAAGAGAACGAGGCAAUGGAUCUUGUUCAUCCGAUUACCGCACAUGUAUUAACUGAGCAUCAAAUGAUUGUUGGUGUUGUUGUUGUCGUUGAUCCUAGAACAGUACCAAUCAAUCCAAUGGGUGAAAAACAACGUAUCCUGUUAAGAGAUAGUUUUGUCAAUGAUAAACUUGAUCCAAUCUAUGUAUCGUAUAAUAUGUAA